AUGGCCUCGGCAAUGUCGAUUGCGCAGAAGCGCAAACAAUCGAUCGUACGCAAGACUCCUCGCACUGUCUGCCCUUACAAUUCUGGUCCUGUCAAUCCCAAUUUCAUCCACACAGAGCCAAAGAAGAACAAGGCUACUAAGGCGCUGAAAGCAAAGGCUACGCCAAAAUGCAAGCCUCUCCCAACUAAGCAGCCUCGACGAAUCGUUGAAGACGAUUCUGACGAGGAUAUGCCAGACGCCACUCAGAAUCCGACUGUAGAAAACAAUAAUAGCGAGGAUACUACUGCUCAGCAGGCAACUCUUGAUAAUGAGCAGGACGAUGAUGAGCAGGAUGAAGAUGAGCAGGAACAAGAUGAGCAAGAUCAAGAUGUCCGAGAUCAAGAUGUCCAAGGUCGAGACUUUCAAGCUAGUUAUAAUCAAGAAGAGCUAGAUAAUGAUUCUAGCGAUAAUGAGCAAACUCUUAAGCAGAGGCUAGAAGCCUAUGCUAAUAAGCUGGUAGCGGCAGCUCACGCGCUUACUGUUGCGAAAGAGCGUUCAGAAGAUAGCUUACGCCUUGCUCAGGAAACUCUCGAGGGAGACGCAAAGAAAAUUGCGCGUCAGUUUCAUCGUUAG